AUGCUGCCGCGAGGUUUACUGAGGCUGGGCCAUGUGCUCGUGCUGCUGCUGUGUGUGUCAGCCAGCGAUGACUUUGACUGGACCAAGAACGACAGAUCCUCCUUCUACUAUGGCACCUUCCAGACGGGCUUCUCCUGGGGAGCUGGAAGCUCUGCCUAUCAGACAGAAGGAGCUUGGAACAUAGAUGGCAAAGGAAUGAGCAUAUGGGAUGCAUUUACCCACAAAAAGGGCAGAAUCUACCUGAAUGACACUGGAGACUCCUCGUGUGAAGGCUACUACAAAUUCAAGGAUGACGUCUCCUUGAUGAAGGACAUGAAGUUGAAUCAUUAUCGUUUCUCCCUCUCCUGGCCGAGGCUUCUACCCAACGGGCUGAAAAGUGAAUACAUAAACGAGAAAGGGAUCAAAUAUUAUGACGACCUGAUUAACACGCUGCUGGACAACAAGAUCACGCCCAUCGUGACGAUGUAUCACUGGGACUUGCCUCAGGUGUUGGAGGAGAAGUACGGCGGGUGGCAGAACAGCAGCAUGGUGAACUACUUCAACGACUACGCCAACUUGUGCUUUGAACGAUUUGGAAACAGAGUCAAGUAUUGGAUCACUUUCAACAAUCCGUGGUCCAUCGCCGUGGAGGGAUAUGAAACAGGAGAACAUGCACCAGGGCUGAAGCUGAGGGGCACCGGGGCUUACAAAGCUGCCCACAAUAUGAUCAAGGCACAUGCUAAGGUUUGGCACACGUAUGACACCCAGUGGCGAAGCAAGCAAAAAGGCCUGGUGGGGAUCUCGCUGUCCGCUGACUGGGGGGAACCAGUGGACAUCACCAACCAGAGGGACAUUGAAGCAGCAGAGAGAUACAUCCAGUUCUACAUGGGAUGGUUCGCUACUCCGCUCUUCAACGGAGACUACCCCCAGGUUAUGAAAGAUUACAUCGGUAGGAAGAGCGCCCAGCAGGGCCUGGGAGUUUCACGGCUGCCCGUCUUCUCGGCUCAGGAGAAGAGCUUCAUCCGGGGCACCUGUGACUUCCUGGGCAUUGGCCAUUUCACUACCCGCUACAUCACCCAGAAGAAUUACCCAUCAGGCCAAGUUAACAGCUACUUCACAGACCGUGAUCUGGCUGAGCUGGUGGACCCUCACUGGCCCGAUCCCGGCUCAGAGUGGCUCUACUCGGUCCCGUGGGGUUUCCGCCGCCUGCUGAACUUUGUCAAGACGCAGUACGGAAACCCGAUGAUCUACGUGACGGAAAACGGCGUUUCAGAGAAGAUGUUGUGCACCGACCUCUGUGACGAAUGGAGAAUGCAGUACAUGAAAGACUACAUCAACGAAAUGCUCAAAGCGAUGAAGGAUGGAGUGGAUGUCAAGGGCUACACUGCUUGGUCCCUCCUGGACAAGUUUGAGUGGGACGAAGGCUUCUCUGAGAGGUUCGGGCUGUACUACGUGGACUUUGGCAACAAAAAUAAGCCACGCUACCCAAAAGCCUCAGUUCAGUACUACAAGCGCAUCAUCAGCUCUAACGGGUUUCCCAAUCAGAGAGAGGUGGAGAGCUGGAAGAGGAAAGCCCUGGAGACCUGCUCCUCCAGCAACCAGCUUCUGGCUGCAGAUCCCUUGAUAAGCCACAUGGAGAUGGUGACAGAGAUUGUGGUUCCCACUGUGUGUACGCUCUGCAUUCUCCUCAGUGCAGUCUUCCUCAUGUUCCUGCUGCGUGGACGCUUCUGAACACACACACACACACAAACACGCGCACACACACACACGUCUGUUUUCACCAGGCGAGACCUCAGUGGCCUUGAAGCUGAGAGAAAUCAAGCUGACAGCGAUUUCAAAGCUGUUUUCUGUCAAGAGCAUUUUGUUGAUUUAAUUGUCAUUCUGUUCCAUUGUGAAUGAACACACACACACACAAACACACACACUUUUUAAGGGCCGACAUUAUGGGGUCAAAAUAGCCAGUGCAUGUCCUGAUUCUGGAUGAAUGAAUUCAAGCUUGGUAUUUGAUGUGAAAUGACCUAGGUUUUGUUUCAAGAUAUCUGUGAUAGAGCUUUUUGUUUUUUCUUAACCAAGUGGAUUUGUUUGGGUUUUUUGAUAAAUAGCAAAAUAACAGUUGUGUCCACGCAUCAGUUUUUCUACACUCAGCGGGCCGAUACGGGCUGACUGCAGCGAGGAGACGGUUACGGUGUCAAUCAGUUUGUA